UGCGCACGAACAUCGUUUCUGUGGAAACAUUACGAUGAGCGUCGAAACGUCUAGCGACAAACUGCGUAGCGCAACGCACGAACAAAUCUUAGAGUGUGGCAGUCUGGUCGAAGACAGAUUUGCGCAGCAGUUUGAUCACCAUAGACGAGAGGCUGUUGCUCGUAGAGAAAAUGAAGUGAGAAAAGAAGCCGAACAGCAACGUCUCUGUGACUUGGAACUUGCCCGACAGGCGGCAAGAAGAGAGCUGGAGGAGAAUACUCGACGAAUGAGGCGGGAAAUGGAACAAGCAGUGGAGAGGAAAGCCGCUAGAGUGAAGUCGCUCAUGAAAGCCGAAGGUGAUAAGAGAGUGGAGGAUGAGUAUAACGCUGGACAAGGGAGAUUGAAAGCUGCACUGUUAGACGCUCACAAACAAGCAAACCAGGAACGGAAAGAGGCCGUUGAACGAGCAAGGGCUGAGGAGAGAGAAUUUGCUGAGAAAGAAUCCAAGAAAAUGGAGGAGAAGCAUGACCUUGACAUGGAAGAGGUAAAGCGGUUAGGUAAGAAGAACCUAACAGAUGGUCUAGGAAAGCAGCGAGAAGAGCUUAUGAUGGAAAGAAAGGAAGCAGUUGCUAGGGCUGUUCAAGAGGCCAACACACAUGCUGCAGAAAUUUUAGGAAAUGUUCAGAGAAGUCAUGAAGCUCGAGUUUCUGAGCUGAGAGUGCAGCUGGAAGAGCUACUGCAAGAACUGGAGAGGUCGAAACUUUCUGUUUCUCGCUCAGAAUCAAUGAGAAAAGAUGCAGAAAUUAAAUUGGCUCAAAUGACGCUUGAAUUCUCGCAUUUUAUUAAUCAAGUACCUGGGUACAGUGCAGACUAUUUGUUAAAAACUGAGACAACAUUUCAGUCACUUCGCGACAGUCUCCCUUGAAUCAGUUAUGCAGUUUCUAUUGACAGUUUCUAUUGAAAAAGUACUGUACAAGCAUGCAGAACGACUGCACAGUUGGAAACCUUCACACGAAAGGUAAAAA